AUGUUCAGCUUUGACUGUUGGGAUAAUAUUAGUUCUGGGAGCAAUCAUAGCCUUCCGACCGGUUAUAAAAAGUGCCAAUGUCCCUCUUAUCUAAAGAGGGUCGCACCGCCCCGCGAAUACUCUAGUAUUGAUUUAAGAAAUAUGAUAAGUUCGAAAAUGUACGAAGUAAGAAAUACCAGGUCCGGUAUCAUAAACAGUGGUCAUCGUAUUAAUGUCGCGUCUAAAAACCCAUCCGAGGAAUCAUUCAAAGACGUCAAGUCGACGAAACAAAAUGUUAACGAAGUUAAAAAUUCAACAGACGAAGCUAUUGACGUUUAUGAAAAUCACUCCAGCGAAACUAAACGCAGAUUCGACGAUUUAUCGUUAGGCCGAAAAAAAUUAGGUAAAAAUUACUUUUGGACUAAUGAUGAAAAAAGCUCCGAGGAUGAAUCUUUUAGAGGAGUUACCAAAAUAGAAGUUAUAAACGAAACUAUAAAAAAAAACAGAAUCGGACAUGACUCUAAAUGUGCUAAUAAUGAUAAUUUAAAUUGUAAAAAUGUAGAAACGAAAUUGGAUACUUCCAUACAAAUAGAAGAAGAAUCAAACAGUAAUGAUGACAAUAAUAGCGUUUAUGAUUAUGAUGACCAAGAAAAAAAUAUAAAGUACACAAAAAGUUCACGGAAUCGACCGUUGCUGAGGACACGUGAAUCUUUCAGUGACCUAGAAAUAUUUAAAAAGUGUAAUAUAUGUAAAAAUAUUUCUCCUUUAAGUGAGAACGAUUGGGAAGAAAUCUUGAAAUUUUACUCAUCGUGUUGUUUAAAUUUAAAUACAUCAUAA